AUGAUCUCGAUUUUAUUCAGCAGUGUGAUUGACAGCAUGAGUAAGUGCGUCCAGCUGCAGCGUUCUCGCGCGCGUCGCGUCCAUCAGAACCUCUCCAUCUGAUCCGGCUCAGACGGUGGGUCUGUAGCCCCGCCCCUGCUGCCCGAUCUGUAUUUAUGGUUAUUGCAGCAGCAGAAGUCAGUCGGUCGGUAGUGUAAGAUCCUCAGCUCACUGACGCACGCGCUCUCACACCGCAGACCGGAGCAGCAUGACCGAGACGCAGUCCGAACCCGCUCCAGACGCCCCGGAGGCGACAGCGCCGCCGCAGGACGCGAACGAGCCGGAGGUGAAGCAGGAGAACGGCGACUAUCAAGUCUCCACGAGCGAGGAGAAGACGCCACGGGAGUUCGAGCCCCCGGAGGGCGGCUGGGGGUGGGUCGUGAUGCUGGCCUCGAUGUGGUGCAACGGCUCGGUGUUCGGCAUCCAGAACGCGUUCGGCAUCUUGUUCGUGUCUCUGCUGAAAGAGUUCGGCUCCGAGACGGACGAAGACCUGCGCUUUAAAACAGCAUGGGUCGGCUCGCUCUCGAUGGGGAUGAUCUUCUUCUUCUCGCCGAUCGUCAGUGUGUUCACUGAUCUGUUGGGCUGCCGGAUCACAGCAGUUGGAGGGGCAGCGGUGGCAUUCGUGGGACUUCUGGGCAGUUCCUUCGUCAAGUCUCUCGGGCCACUGUACUUCACCUACGGCAUAGUCUUUGCUUGUGGCUGCAGUUUUGCAUAUCAGCCGAGUCUGGUGAUCCUGGGUCACUAUUUCAAGCGGAGGCUGGGCCUGGUGAAUGGCAUUGUGACGGCGGGCAGCAGUGUAUUCACCAUCACACUCCCGUACAUGCUGACCGGCCUGCUGAAGAGCGUGGGACUCGCAUACACGCUGCGUCUGAUGAGCAUCUUCAUGUUCUUGCUCAUGCUGGCAGGACUCACCUACAAACCCCUGCUGCCCAAACCCGUCAGCAGCAGUAAGUCAGGCGGCCGCUGUCCCUCGCUCAAGAGGGUGUUCAACGUACACAUCUGGAGGUCUCUGGGAUACCGCAUAUGGGCCUUUGGGAUCCCUGCAGCCCUGUACGGAUACUUUGUGCCUUACGUUCAUCUGAUGAAGCAUGUGGAGGAGCGUUUUGGUCAAGAUGCAAAUAAAGAGGUUCUGCUCACAUGUAUCGGCAUCACGUCUGGAGUGGGUCGUCUGAUCUUCGGGAGAGUGGCUGACUACGUCCCUGGAGUCAACAAAGUCUUCCUGCAGGUGUCCUCGUUCCUGGUGAUCGGGGUGAUGUCCAUGAUGAUUCCUCUGUGUCACGUGUUCGGAGGGCUGAUCGCCGUGUGUCUGCUCAUGGGUCUCUUUGAUGGAUGCUUCAUCUGCAUCAUGGCUCCCAUUGCAUUCGAGCUGGUCGGCUCCCAAAACGUGUCGCAGGCCAUCGGCUUCCUCCUGGGCAUGAUGUCCGUCCCCAUGACGGUCGGGCCACCCAUCGCAGGCUUCCUCAGAGACCGUCUGGGCAGCUAUGACGUGGCCUUUUACCUGGCAGGCAUUCCUCCCAUCAUCGGGGGGGCCAUGCUGUGUCUGAUCCCGUGGGUGGAGGCGCGGAGGAAGAGGAAGGAGGCGCAGACAGGAGGAGACACCACCGAGAAGAUGCUGGAGAGCAAGAGUGGCACACAGGACGACACAGACGGAGAGAUGAAGACCAAGGACCCCGAAUCUGUCAUCUGAGAGCCGUGAAGGUUUACAGCGGAGAGACUGAUAGAUCUGUGUGUGUGUGUGUGUGUGUGUGUGUGUGUGUGUGUGUUCUCUAUCCCUGCAGGAUCAUCAGCAUAAAACGGGGCUUCUCCACAAUUGUGAUUUUUGAGCUAUGCAUCUUUCAGAAUGUUUUCUUGAAUAUUUUUGUACAGAGUUUCUAGGCUUUAAAAGGGAAAUGUUAGACAAUCAUUGGUUAAGAAGGCAUGAUGUUUGCUGGUGAAGCCCUGAGAGAUGAUGCAUGGGAUUUCAUUUUAACCAGUUUAUGUUUGCUUUACUCUUAGAAUCUAGCUAUGAAUUGUUUUAUGUCAGACUAUAUGAAGUCACUCGUCUGAUUGUUUUAAAGGGGAACAUCAGCCAUGCAAUAUGUAUUCAUUCCUCUUGAGUUUGGAAAAUUUGAAACAUGUUUUUGCAAAUGCACAUUUUAGCCAUGAGUGUUAUUAGAGGAAACGUCACUGCAUGGAGACAGUGUUUUUAUAUGCAAUUACCUGUGAUGUAUUUGACUGAGAAGUAGCAGCUGAGGAAUCAUUAAUGCUGCUUUAAUGCUGUGUCAGUGUUCUCGGUGAGAGUUAGUAUCGAGCGGGUCGAGGAACGUUUACAGGAUGAUUUUCAUCUGUUCCAGCCCCUUCAGCGCAGACAUCAGUGUUUGACAUGAACUGGGAUUGUUCUCUGUUUUAAGGAAUGUGUUGCGUUGGUUGGUUAGAUCGAGCCAAACUGGCAGUGUGAGCUCAUGUUCACAUUCACAGCCGCUGAGGCCUUGACUGAAAAAGUCCCGCUGUAUCUCACAUGAUCGGUCUGCAGGAGAUCUGGUCCUGUGAUCUACCUCAAUUAAGAUGAUUCUGGAAAUAUCAGAGGAUCGUAAGGGAAUAAAGAGAGACGCGUGUCUGUCCACAGUCACAGAACGAUGACCACCAAGUGCUCGUACGUCAUCCGUAUCCCUGCUCUCUUCCUUCUUCUUUUUUGAGUUUUAUAUCUUGUGUUUCACAGAUGUUUUACAACAAGCAUUAGUGCCUUGACAAUAUGAUUGUUGAACAGAGAUGAAUUCUUAAUGAGAAUGGAAUAUUAACCAGCAGCUUCCAAAGCAUGUAUUUGACUCAUUUCAAUACGACACAAACACAUUUCACAGAAAAAAACAACCUUUAUCUGAACCUUAGCAGCAAUAUGUGCAGAGUGUCUGUCUGUCAAAUUCAUUGGUUUAUUCAAUUCUUUCUUUUUAAAAACCAUUUCCAUGUUUUUGAGAAGAUUGUCUCUUUUUUUUUAACUUUUUGUACAUGAUCCAAUUUGUAUUUGAUUUUUAAAUGUAUACUGUUCAUGUAAAUCAUUGUUGUACACCAAACCAGAAAGGGUUGUGCUGCACACGCACACACACACACACACACACACACACACACACACACACACACACACACACACAAUCACACACACCCACCUACACACACACACACACACACACAAUCACACAC